GUUAAACUCUCCAGUGGCUUAUUAUUUGAAAAUAUGAUGAACAGACAAAAAGGGAGGACAACACCAUUCACACGUCCGCUAGUGGAGAUGACCCGAGUAAAUUGGAUAUCCGGAGGAAUGAACGGUAACUAGUGAUCUGAUAGAUCCAGCACCGAUGGUGUCAUGCAUCUGAUUUUCAGGAUCUGGACAUGAUAGAACAACUCAGAUUAUCAAAUCAAACUGGUACAACGCGCUAUUUAGUUGCUUACUUUGUCGUACUUUUCGUAAUUAAAUUAGCUCAAUGUAUCGGGUUUAUACAUUUCGGUUAGCUGUAUCUUAAUCUCAAAAUAAGUAAUUAUUCAGGAGAUUUUUCUUAAAGGAUUGUAACUCAAGUGAUUAAGAGCAGAUACCAUGCACAUGAAGUCCUUUUGAGUCGUUUUUACGCCCUCAAUAUUGUUUGUUUAAAGACAUUUACCUAGUCCUUUUUUCACGAGCAAAUGGAUUUUAACGCAAGUGAUUUAAGAUCAAAUCCGAUGCACCGGAACAUAAGUUACAUAGAUGCCUCAAGAAACCUCAAAUUGUAAGUAAUCGUUUCCUUGGAUUUUCCAAUCAAAUGCAUACAACGUUGUUGGUUUAUUCAUCCAAGAAAAAACAAAAACAUAAAUAGGAACCUCGAACUUUGCUUUACGUAACAGUUCCACACUUUUAUUUUUGCUAGGCCCGUUAAAGUAUUUUUUUUGAAUCUUUUUUUUAACUUGCAGCUGAAGUUUGCUUGCUCUUUCACGUUCUGCAUUUUCCUUUAACAAAACCACGCAUAAUUAAUAUUAAUUAAUUAAUCUCUUAUAAUCUCCAAAGGCCACGUCCUAAUACAUUUCCAACACCAUUUUUAACGCCUAACCUCUCUUCCUAAUCUCUCACACUUUCAGUCAAUGCCAUUGCUAUCAAGUACCUGACCUUUGACUCUAACCUAACGUACGCACCCGAGCUGCUUGGUUGGCUGCCCGAUUUACAAUAGGUUGGCAAGAAAAUGGAGGACUUUCUGUGUGAACCAUGACUUCUUUUGGAAUUUUAACCAACUAAAUACACUUUUGUGCAGAAUUGCAGGUCAAAGUUUACAUCUUUCUCUUCCCGCAGAUUGCGCUUCUUAAUCAACAUCUUGGUUUUAUGUCCCACACUUGAAUUUUCUAGAUAUAUUUUCUGCAUUUCUGUUUUCAUUGCUUGUUCUUCUUCCUUCCACUUAAAAUGCUGCCGUUUCCUCAGUCGCCUUCGAAACCCCAAAGUCCAUCUCGGUUGAUAAACCUCUUCAUAGUCUCAUCUUCUGUAUGCACGCUCUUCCUUCUUGGGUCGCUCUUCCUUGUGUUUACGAGCUCAAAGCUUGGACGUAUAAGUUCUCUGUCUCAAGAUGCGUAUUCCCCGCCCUCGACCUCCCUCGAGCACAUUGUGUUCGGGAUUGCUUCGAAUCAGAAAGCGUGGUCUGCUAAGAGGAAGGAGUAUGUACGGCUCUGGUGGAGGAACCAGUCUAUGAGGGGGUGUGUCUUUCUCGAUAGCCUUCCGCCUGACCAUCAGCGUCACGUCAAUGAUACUUCUCUUCCUCCUGUGUGCAUCUCGGGUGACACUGCAAGAUUUCGUUACACUUACAGAGGCGGUCUCAAGUCUGCUAUUCGUGUUGCACGCGUUGUUUCUGAGACCGUGGCGCUCAACCAUACGAAUGUGAGGUGGUAUGUUUUCGGAGAUGAUGACACAGUUUUUUUCCCAGAGAAUUUGGUGAAGACACUUUCUAAGUAUGAUCAUGGACUGUGGUACUACAUUGGGACAAACUCCGAAGUUUAUGAGCAAAAUAGGGUGUUCGGAUUUGGAAUGGCUUAUGGUGGUGCAGGUUUCGCUAUAAGUGCCCCAUUGGCGAAAGUACUGGCGAAGGUGUUUGAUUCGUGUAUAGAACGAUAUCCACAUCUCUAUGGAAGCGACUCUAGGAUUUCCUCUUGCUUGGCAGAACUCGGCGUUGGAUUAACAAGCGAAGCCGGUUUCCAUCAGAAUGACAUUCACGGCGAUAUGUUUGGCUUACUGGCUUCGCAUCCGGUGACGCCUUUGGUAUCCCUGCAUCACUUCGAUCAUGCAAACCCUGUCUUCCCCAACAUGACAACUAUCAAUGCUCUAAAACAUUUGUUUAAAGCUGCGAAUGUUGAUUCUCAAAGAAUGUUACAGAAAACAGUCUGCUACGACAGAUGGUUUUCGUGGACUAUCACGGUGUCAUGGGGUUACGCUGUUCAAGUAUACGGAAAUCAUAUUCUUCUGCCGGACGUCCUCCCCGUGCAACAGACAUUCAGCCAGUGGAAAAAGGGAAGUGUUUUGUCAGGAGUUUAUACUUUUAACACAAGAGAACAUCACAAGGAUCCGUGUCGAAGGCCGGUUGUUUUCUUUCUGGAUAAUGUAUCUUCUGGUGCGGAUGGAAUCAAGAGCAUAUACAAAAAGUCUUACGAAAAUUGCUCCUACGACAUGGCUUCGCCGAGGAAGCUGGAGGAGGUCAGAGUGUACUCACAUAAGCUAGACCUUGAUAUGAAACAGUUGCUGGCGCCACGAAGGCAAUGUUGCGAUGUAUUACCUUCUAAGGGCAGCAAACUGAUGGAAAUCGAAAUCAGAGAAUGCAAAGAAGAAGAACUAAUACGAAUGCAUCCGUAGCAGUGUUUCAUAUUGCAUAUAGCCGGAUUAUACAACAUUAUAUCAUACAUGUAAUUGGUAUAUCAUGCUAUCUAGCUAGCUAGAAAGUAUUCCACAGAAUUAUUAGUUUACUGUUACUCAUUUUUUGUUAUACAAAAAUGUAGAUCCUAGAAGAAACUUUGGGAAAUUAUGUAUACGUACUUUGAUUUGAAUUUUAUUGAUCAAUAUAUGUUGUGAACU